CCCGAGGAAUCGGCCGAAGCUUUCUUGGGCUGGAGGGCAGCCACAGAUUCUAGAACCUUCUAGACGCCUCCCUUCCUUAUAAAACGUCCUUCCAUUCCUUACGGCCUCCGACCCAUACCAUAACCCAUCUUCCCGAUCUCCAUUUCAAAGGAGAAAGAAACCGAGGAGAACAAGAACGCAGCCAUGGCGGUGUCGAUCGAGCUGACCAAGGAGUAUGGGUACGUGGUGCUGGUGCUGGUGGCCUACGCCUUCCUCAACUUCUGGAUGAGCUUCCAGGUCGGCAAGGCCCGCAGAAAGUACAAGGUGUUCUACCCCACCAUGUACGCGAUCGAGUCGGAGAACAAGGACGCCAAGCUCUUCAACUGCGUGCAGAGGGGGCACCAGAACUCGCUGGAGAUGAUGCCGAUGUUCUUCGUCAUGCUGCUGCUCGGCGGUCUGCAGCACCCGACCAUCGCCGCCGGGCUGGGGGCCCUCUACACGGUCGCGAGGCUCUUCUACUUCAAGGGAUACGCCACCGGCGUCCCGGAUAACCGCCUCAAGAUUGGGGGGCUAAACUUCCUGGCGGUGUUUGGGCUGAUCAUCUGCACAGCAUCAUUCGGCAUCAACCUGGUCAUCAGGGAAAUGCUCUGAAGUUCGAAGUGACCGCGUGAUCUGCAAACCGGAGUGUUGGAAUGCAUUACUUAUGACUUUGACCUAAAGUCAUUUAGGUGUACUCGUGUCUUUCUUUUGAGGUUGAUUAGCAAAAUAUGAGUGGGUGUGUAUGUUUUUCACUUUUGGCUAUGCCGGAAUACGACUGGAUGGAGAAGAGGGCUUGAAGCAUGAACCUCGCAGUUCUUGCUGCUUGUUACACUCUGGCAGUCUCUGCUUUCGCUGCGAAGUGUUGACCCACGAAUGUUUUAGCUUUUUUCUUCAGUAUCAAUGCUAAAAGGUGGCAGCUAUCUUCCAUCC